AUGGCCACUGCCAUCAGACAUGCCCAGGCCGAAUUCGAAACGUACGAGGACACCCCCAGACCAGAGCUAAGAUUUUCCACACCGGCCUCGACGGUCAGGGAUGAGCCACAAAAGAGGGAGUGGGUCCAUAGUCACGACAGAUCACCCCAUACCUCGAACAAAAGAAGCAAAGAGUCCUCGUCCAGGUCUAACAGUUACGGGACCACUCAACCUCACCGGGAUCCGAGGGUACAGCAGGCCCCGCAGACACCACCACCACCCCGGUAUGAGGUGUUCACAAUCCUCAACGCUUCAUACGAGACUAUUUGGAACGAAAAUAAGGAUGAAAUACUGGGGCCACCCCCAAGGAAGUUCCUGAAGAGUAAACUUACCCAGCAGGACACCGGAAAAUUCUGCACUUAUCAUGAGGAUGUCGAACACAAUACCAAUCUUUGUGUUGCUUUGAAAAAUACAAUCGAGUCCCUCAUCCAGAGGGGCAAGCUUCAACGAUACCUACAUGCUAAGGAGAUAGGAGCUAUAGACGUGUAUGGCCAGAUCUUCACGAUCCAUGGUGGGGGCCCGAAAGAGUUUCCUCCCCAAAGGAAGAAACGAAAUUCUAGUUUCGGCCGUCCGAAAGUUUUCAACUUCCACAAGGCCCCGCAGCAAGACGGUGGCACCGGAUGGACAUCGGUGACAUUCCUGCAGGAGGAGGAGGCCGAUCUGAAGAUGCCCCAUGAUGAUCCCUUCCUAAUCACGCUCCAAAUGGACCAUUAUAUAAUGUCCCGGGUGCUAGUGGACACCGGGGCCCCAGUUAGAGUAUUAUUUCGCGAUGCAUACAAAGCUUUGAACAGAGGAAGAGCCAAGUUGUCACAAGAUAAUGAGCCCCUCAUUAGUUUUUCAGGAGAUAUCGUCCAACCACUCGGAUCAGAUUACCUAUCGAUCACGGUAGGCGAAAGUCUGAACUGUUCAACCAUCAAAACAGAGUUCAUCAUAGUGGACUGCGUCUCAUCCUACAAUGCUAUCCUGGGUCGACCGGCACUCUGGCGUCUGAAAACCUUCAUUGCAGGUCACAUGCUCAUGAUGAAAGUGCCAACCCCGGCCGGCAUUACUACCAUCCGGGGUGAUCAGGCCGCUGCGAGGAAAUGCUAUUCUUUGACUGUAUCUCGCGGUAGGGGAAAGUCUGAGAUGUUGCACGUAGCUACUAACCCGGAAAGGGAAGGGUUGAUCUCGUUUCUCCGCUCUAACACAUCUGCAUUCGCCUGGUCAUAUGAGGACAUGCCCGGUAUACCGACAAAGAUAGCCACGCACAAUCUUAGUAUUGUUCCUUACUCGACACCGGUAAGACAAAAACGAAGGGCCUUCACGCACUAUAAGUACCGGGCUAUCCAGGUUGAAGUAAAGAAGUUGAUGGCCAUCAACUUUGUCAGGGAAGUAACAUACCCCCGGUGGUUAGCCAACGUGGUCAUGGUACCAAAGAAAUCUCCGGGAUCAUGGCGCAUGUGUGUGGACUACACAAACCUCAACCGAGCGUGCCCUAAAGAUAGCUUCAUGCUCCCGCGAAUUGACCAAUUAAUCGAGUCCACUGUUGGGUACCGGUUACUCAGUUUCAUGGAUGCGUUCAGUGGAUACAACCAAAUUCGAAUGAAUCCGGCAGACGAGGAGCACACAACCUUUACCACAGACAAAGGACUCUAUUGCUACCAAGUCAUGCCUUUUGGGUUAAAGAAUGCAGGUGCCACUUAUCAGCGACUUGUCAACUCCAUGUUUGAGGAAGUUAUCGAUACUAUCAUGGAGGUAUACGUGGAUGACAUGCAAGUAAAAAGUCUAACUCCGGACGAUCACGUAACCAACUUAUCAAUCGUCUUCACCAUCAUAUUGCGCAAUGGUAUGCGGCUUAACCCACAGACGUGCAUCUUCGGGGUCAAGGUAGGAAAGUUUCUUGGGUACAUCAUUAGCCACAGGGGAAUUGAGGCCAAUCCAGAGAAGCACGUCGAGGUAAUAGCCUGGACAGCGGAGCACGAGGCUGCUUUUCUUGGCUUGAAGGCAUACCUGUCAGAGGUACCUCUACUCUACAAACCUGUUCCAGGAGAAAUGCUCUACAUAUACCUGGCGGCAUCAUCAACAGCUGUGAGCUCAGUUCUUAUUAGGAAGGACUCCGAUUGCGAGUACCCAGUGUACUACGCUGGAAAAGGAUACACUGGUGCAGAAUCCAGGUACCCGGACAUUGAAAAAGUGGCACUGGCCUUCCUGGUAUCAGCCUGGAAGCUUAGACAUUACUUCCAGGCAUACUCAAUCACCGUUUUCACUAAUCACCCAUUGAGGCAGGUUUUGCAGAAACCAGAGACAUCGGGCAGGUUAAUUAAGUGGGCCAUCGAGCUGGGGGAGUUCGAUAUCAAGUACCAUCCCCGGACAGCUAUUAAGGGCCAGGCAGCGGCAGAUUUUAUUUCCGAGUCAAUUCCCUUCCAUAACCCACCCCUGGAAUCACCUGAACCACUAGCCCCAGAUCCACCUCCGCCAAGCACUUGCCCAGACGAUCAAGUCUACGAGUACGCCCUCAAAUUUGCCUUCAAGGCAUCCAACAAUGCCGCAGAGUACGAGGCACUCAUAGCAGGUCUGCAGAUCGCCCGGGAACUAUGGGUGCAGCACCUUGGUAUCAUCAGUGAUUCUCAGUUAGUCGUAAACCAGGUCAGCGGUAACUUCGAGGCAAAGGAGCCCCACAUGUCCUCUUACAAGGCCUUAGCCCGGGCAUUAGUUCAGAGAUUUACCUCCUACAGUUUUACCCAAAUACCGAGGGCAGAAAACGACAAGGCAGACGCCCUUGCAAAGCUUGCAUCAACUUCUCCAAGUCCUACAUAUGGGGCCACUAAGGUCGAAAUACUCAAAUGA